AGUCACCCAAACGCGCCACCAACAAGCGCAUAGCGUUUUGCGGCGCGUGCGCGUCAGUUGAUCUUUCCGGGCGCGCAGCAUCUACAACAUGGCAGACGUGACAGCGGUGGACGAAGGGAAACUCAGCAAAAAGUGUGUUCACGGGCUGUGGUAGCUCAACAUGCUGUGUCUGGUCAGGGCAGCCAGGCAGCAGCUGUGCCAAGCCUUUGGGGUCAGGGGACAGUGGUUAAAAUAUGCACCCCCAUGUACAGCUGCAGUUCCAACUCAAAUUUACGGGAACCGAUGGAGAGGUGACAAAAGUGAGCUGAAGAGGCGAAUGAAAGCUGAGAAAAAGGCGGCAGAGAAAGAAGCCAAGGUCAAAGAGCAGGUGGAACAAAAGAAGGAAUCCAAUGACCAAGGAGUGCAACAAGCCUGUGAAGAUGAGGAGACGCUUGAUCCGAAUCAAUACUUCAAGAUCCGCUCCCAGGCCAUCCAAGAACUGAAGGGCACAGCACAGGACCCGUACCCACACAAGUAUCAUGUAGACUUGUCUCUCACAGAGUUCCUCGAGAAAUAUAAUUACCUACAGCCUGGAGACCAGCUGACUGAUGUCGUCCUCAAUGUUUCAGGUCGUGUCCAUGCUAAGAGGGUUUCUGGUGCCAAGCUGCUAUUCUAUGACCUGCGAGGUGAAGGCGUCAAGUUGCAAGUCAUGGCAAACUCCAGGAACUACAAGUCUGAGGAGGAGUUUGUGGCCAUAAACAACAAACUGCGCCGUGGUGAUAUCAUCGGUGUCCGUGGUAACCCAGGCAAGACCAAGAAAGGGGAGUUGAGCAUCAUACCCAUCGAGCUGACCCUGCUGUCACCAUGUUUGCACAUGCUGCCCCAUCUCCACUUUGGCCUCAAAGACAAGGAAACGCGAUACCGCCAGCGCUACUUGGAUCUGAUUCUCAAUGACUAUGUGAGGCAGAAGUUUAUGACUCGCUCCAAAAUCAUCACAUACCUGCGCAGCUUCCUUGACCAGCUGGGAUUUUUAGAGAUUGAGACACCGAUGAUGAACAUUAUUCCCGGUGGAGCCGUUGCCCGUCCAUUUGUUACUUACCACAAUGAGCUGGAUAUGAACCUGUACAUGAGGAUCGCUCCUGAGCUCUACCACAAGAUGCUUGUGGUCGGUGGACUUGACAGAGUGUAUGAGAUUGGUCGUCAGUUCAGAAAUGAAGGCAUUGAUCUCACUCAUAAUCCAGAGUUCACCACCUGUGAAUUCUACAUGGCAUACGCAGAUUACCACGACUUGAUGGACAUCACGGAGAAACUACUCUCAGGAAUGGUGAAGCACAUCACUGGAGGAUACAAGGUGACUUAUCACCCUGAUGGUCCAGAAGGAACGGCCUACGAGAUUGACUUCACUCCCCCAUUCAGAAGAGUGAGCAUGACACAUGACCUGGAGAAGAUUAUGGGAGUCAAAUUCCCUCCGACUGACAGCUACAACAGUGAUGAGACACGUAAAUUCUUUGACAACCUCUGUGCACAGAAAGGAGUUGAAUGUCCUCCACCCAGAACCACAGCCCGCCUCCUGGACAAGUUGGUUGGAGAUUUCCUUGAAGUCACCUGUAUUAACCCCACCUUCAUCUGUGAUCACCCUCAAAUCAUGAGUCCCUUGGCAAAAUGGCACAGAUCGGAGAAAGGCCUAACGGAGCGUUUUGAGCUCUUUGUGAUGAAGAAAGAAAUCUGCAAUGCUUACACUGAGCUGAAUGAUCCGAUCAGACAGAGGGAGCUAUUCGAGCAACAAGCCAUGGCCAAAGCUGAAGGUGAUGAUGAAGCCAUGUUCAUCGAUGAGACCUUCUGCACGGCACUGGAAUACGGACUGCCACCAACUGCAGGCUGGGGGAUGGGCAUCGAUCGUCUCACCAUGUUCCUCACUGACUCCAACAACAUCAAGGAGGUGUUGCUGUUCCCUGCCAUGAAGCCUGACGACAACAAGACAUCAGCGCCCACAGAGGGCACGUCCGUCUAAUGCCAUGACCUCUGACCUCUCCUGCUGUCAGACCUGUGCAGGAGUCCGUAUGGAGCCUUUACCUCACUGUGGUCACCAGUGGAGCCUGCGGGUUCUGUGUGUUAGUCUCUGUUUGAUCGUUUCUUUCAGUAAGGGAUGUCAUGUUGUCUUGGUUACAUGAUUGAGAGGUAACAAUGAUGUAUUUUUGUUUUUUUUCUGCUUUUGUAUCUCUUACACUUUUGGUCUGUCCUUCUUGUUCAACUUUUAGGAGACAUUUUAAUUCCUGUUGUCCUCCACCAGACCGUAAUUGGAAGGUAUCUGAUCAGGAAAUUAUGUGUGAUCUGCUGUUUGCUACUGCUACUUUGGAAUAUGUUUGGACACUACUUAAGAGGUGACUGAUACUGACAACCAAAUACACAGAGUAGUUACACUACCUAGUAACUACCCCAUGUAGGUAUAGUAACAAAGCUCCAGCGCCUCUUUUAUAUGACAUGGUCUCUGCAUAUUCAGGUUUUACUCAAGUCUGCUUGUAUUUGUUGUCUGAGAUGUUUCAAGAUGGACCCAACAAAUUCCUCUGCCAAGAAGCUCAAACAUUUAUCUGAAUAAAAUGCAUAUGCAUCUACA